UUCUCGAGAGGAAGUCUCUGCGCGUGUUCUGUUUUGGAAAAGUUUUUGGAACGACAGAGUCGUCUUAUGUGCUCCCGUAGUUAUAACAGUGUUGAGUUAUAACCUGAUCAAAUGGUGGCGUUUUUCGAAGGACUAUUUAACAUGAGAGAGAACUGUUGUUUUCCCUUGCACCUGCUGAGAAAACAAAACACAAAAGAACGUACAGAAUAUAGAAUUGUGGUCUUCACUCUUCCAGCAUUCUUCUAGGGUUGUCUACGUUUUGUCUCGAGUUUCAAUGUGUUGCUUGUCAAUUUAUAACUGAAGAGCACAAGAAAACAAAUACAUCACUGGCACCCCUUAAACGGAACAUCGAUCCAGUGCUACGGGAGGUGGCCAUGAACAGCUCGGGACCCUAGGUGGGAGUCCGUGAAAAAAAAAAAGAGAAAGAAAAACCAGAGUAGAGAAAGGAGGGGAAAAAAAGAGAAUUAAAAUAGAGAGCGAGCGAGAGCGUCCCCCUCCUUCUGAAACGCGAGCGGAACAAAAGCCGAAGGGGGGAGGAGAGAGCAGGCACCCCUCUGGAGCGAUCGUCCAAUCGGAGCGGGCCGCGAUGAUGUCAUCGGAGGAAGACCCCGAUAUGAGUCUGCUGGAGGACAACAAAGGGAGAGCCUCGAAGACGAAGCGAGUGCGACAGCGGGUGGAUGCCGGAGAACCGAGGAACAGCUACGCGAGCAUCCCCAACUUCAGCUCCCGGCCCCAGCAGGGAUCGGCGACCCCGCUAUACCACCACCCGCACUCGAACGGAUUCAACGCGACCAAGAUGCUCUGCGACCUCCUCGGCACGUCGGGAUUGAGGAACAGCAUCGGACAGGCCAAGGCGGACCAGGACAUGAUGGUGCUGGACCCGGAGCGGAACAGCGCCGGAGGAGUCAACGGAUCGAGUCCCCUCAGUCGGAUGUUUGUGAACGGAGGAGAGUUGCUCUACGGACGGGGCCCCCUGGUUCCGCCGGACAGUCCGGAGCGGUGCAGCAGCGCCGAGAGCAGCAACAGCCACCUCUUGCGGGACAUUCUGCAGCAGGGGAGGCAGGCCGGCAAGGGAAGGGGGGCGGAGACUUCCGGCGGUCACGGUCGGGAGAGCCCGAACUGCUCCGGAAGCGGGCCGCCCGAGAAACUCGACGACGAAGACUCGAACGAGAGCACCGGCCAGUGCAGGAUGUCUGCCGCCACUGCAGCUCGAGAGUCUCCCGCCACGUGCGCCAGAAGCCCCUGCGGUUCCUCGCGCGGUAGCAGUCCCAGGAACCCGUCGUCUGCCGAGGCCGCCUGGAACAACGCGUCGGAGGCCAACCUGCCCAGCAACCCCCCUUCCUCGUCCCUGGAGGUGAAGAGGGCCCGAGUCGAGACGAUCGUCAGCAACAUGCUGCAGGGGCCCGUGCCCGGACGCAACAACGGAGCGGGAUCGGGGCUCGGCGAGCCGCAGCCCCCGGUCAACGGAUGCAAGAAGAGAAAGCUAUAUCAGCCCCAGCAGCACGAGUCGACUAACCGUGCUCCCCUGAAUGGUGAUAGUGAAGCCUACGAUGAUUACGACGAGUUCGAAGGACCUGAUGGAAGUCCGCUAUCCAAGCGGAGAUCGAAUAACAACCCAGGACUGUUUACGUUUCGCCAACAGUUACGGCAGAUGCAGCAACAGUUGGUUGCUAUGCAACAGCAAUAUAUGGAGAUGUUGGAUGGGGACAGCACGGACGAAGAGAUGCCCCCCAUGUCUGCCCCUACCUCUAAUAAUCCUAACGCCAGUGAUAGACCGAGAAGUACCGAGAUUUCUGAUUGUGAGGACAUGAAACCUCGUAUUGAUUCUAAGCCCCUCGGAAACAACAAAUCUCGUCCACCCUCGUUUGUUGACUACGACAACGCGAGUAUGUACGACGAACAGCGACGACUCAUUAUCGAUGAUUCGAAAGAACCGACUGUACCGCCACAUGCGGAGAAUCCCCAGAAACCAGGACUACAAGAGUUACGUCAGUCUUGUAUCGUGCAGCCAUCGCCCUGCCCUAGCUUGGACUAUGAGUGGCUGGCAGAAUCUCUUAAAGCUGAACUUUCAACUUCUCUAUCUCAAGUGGUAGACGCUGUGGUUUCGCGUUGCGUUCAGAGGAAGAACAACUUGUCGAAAUCCGUGCCUCCCCAGGAAAAUGAUAUGCCGAAGGAUCCGACCCUUCUGUCGCAAAUGCUAGACCGAAAGUCACCAAGAACUGGAAAAGUGAUUGACCGAGGCACCCGUGUCAACGGUCAUGGUUUAUGCGGUCUAAGAACAAGUCCCUACCCCCCAGACAUAGCGACCGCCCCUAAGCCGCCCUUUUUCUUUCCUCUGAAACCUCCGACCAGCGUCGCAGCCACUGCCGCCUUCCUCUACGGCUCCACGCCCCAGUUGCCAUCUCUGACUCUGUCCCAGCCCUACGUUUCUUCACCUGCUAGUUCCACGCCGACACCUCAAGACGUGACAGAACAAACGGAACCAAUGUCCCUCGUCGUCACCCCAAAGAAGAAACGCCAUAAGGUCACGGACAGUCGCCUGAACCAGCGCGGUCAGUUAUGCGGCCUUCGAUCUUCGGAAUCCUCCCAAGACGUGAGCCCCAAAUAUUCCAACAUCCUGAGCGGCAUGGCCCCCCAGGAACCACUGCCACCCAACCAUCUCUACCCUCAUCACCCUCCCCCGCCUCCCCUAGUGCCCGUCAGCUUGCCGACGACAGUGGCCAUCCCAAACCCGAGCCUUAAUCAAUCAGAACUCUUCCACAACUUCAGCUACGACCACCACAGACUCUCGCAAAGCUUCCUAGAGCCACCCGAAGACGACGGCCCACCAGUGGGCCCCCUGCAUCAUUCGGGCCCCAUUCAUCCGCUGCUUCCAUUUCAUGGACACCAAAGAGGAUCUCCAGACUCCUUGCAUCUCUCCCACAUGAAACAAGACAGCGGUGACAUGUCGGACAAUGGAGAUAGCCCAGCUGCCUACGACCCGGCAAUGGCUAUGAUAUCCUUUCUACCUUCGAUGCACACCAGCACUCUGACGCCGAUGCAUCUACGGAAGGCGAAGCUGAUGUUCUUCUACGCCCGCUACCCCAGCUCGGCCGUCCUCAAGAUGUACUUCCCCGACAUCAAGUUCAACAAGAACAACACCGCCCAACUCGUCAAGUGGUUCUCCAACUUCAGGGAAUUCUUCUACAUUCAAAUGGAGAAAUACGCCCGCCAAGCUAUGAGUGAAGGUAUCAAAAGUUCCGACGAUCUGAAAGUCAAUCCAGAUUCAGAGCUGUUACGAGUCCUUAAUCUUCAUUACAAUAGAAACAAUCAUAUUGAGGCUCCAGAAAAUUUCCGGUACGUGGUGGAAAACACGCUGCGCGAGUUUUUCAAAGCCUUGGUAGCUGGCAAAGACUCCGAGCAGUCUUGGAAGAAAUCCAUCUACAAGAUCAUCGCUCGGAUGGAUGACAACGUCCCCGAAUACUUCAAGUCACCGAACUUCCUAGAGACGUUGGAGUGA